AUGGGACCGAUCCUGUCUACGCUUCUCUCUUCAGUCUUCACAGUUUUGUGCAUCUGGGGGUGGUGGUACUUGACGGGACAUGUUCGGUCAAUUGCUAAUAAUUUAUAUCCGUACGACCCCAACACCGGCCGACCGUACAGCGCUGUAUUAUUGCCUGAGGGGUCAUCCCUCUAUGCCAACCUUAAAAUAUCGGGCAGGCAGAUUAGGCUUCUAACGAUCCUGUCCACCGAGCCAGAAAUUUCCUGCAGGCUGGAGGUCGCCGAAUUGAAAGACGAAUUGUCAUUCAAUGCGCUAUCCUACGUCUGGGGGGAUCCCACUGUCACCAAGGCCAUCCUCGUUAACGGGCACAGAAUCCUGGUAACGAUAAAUUUAGUAUCGGCUUUGGAAUAUGCUCCCUAUCAUCUGCACAAAGCAAAACACGCAACCAGCAAAAAACUAUGGGUCGAUGCUAUUUGUAUCAACCAAGAGGACAUCGCUGAGAAGAGCCGCCAAGUUUCCCUGAUGAAACAUAUCUACUCGCAAAGUGGUAUUGUUCUUUGCUGGCUAGGAUCCCCAAGUGAUCUAUUACACGCCGCGAUGGAUAGCGUUGAGGCUGUGGCUCGUGAGCGAUAUAUCCGUGAUGCUGAUAUCGUGGAUUACGAACAUCAGCAUGAACUUGUCGGCUGUUUUGAACAAUUGCGGAGUCACUUGAAAAAGUCCCACGCUGCAGGUGCUAAAUGUCGUCUGCAAUUCGUUGAAGAAAGGUCUGCGAUGUCCGGCAUUGUCGGGGAUGUUGAGAUUCAUGCAGUCGCGAACGCUCUCCAGCACAUGACAAAGGUGAUAUUCGGAGUGCUGCAAGAGCCACAUGGCGUAGAGCUCGGAAUUUGUCAAUCGAUGCUACUAAGUGUCUUUUAUGAAGUUAGAAGCUGGCACGAUCAGUUUCGUAAACGGGCUAGCAAACUCGAUGCCAGUCUUAGGGAAUACUCUCAUCCCAUUGGUUUUCUCCUGGCCUUGCUGUCCUACAGAGUACGCAAAUUUAGCCAAAUAUGCCAAGAAUACUGCCUCCAGGUGUGUUGCGAUGAGGCAUACAACAAUUUACUUUGGCUUAAACAGUAUCCAUGGCUCUACGAAGUCAAAGAGGUUGUAGGGGAAAGUUUUACAGGCCCCGCUCAGCCACUUUUUAACGUACUGUACUGGAGCCGUAUAUGGAUACGACAAGAAAUCAUUCUCGCUCACCGCCCCGUUUUUGCCUGUGGAUCUCGGUCAAUUUCAUUAGAGACCUUAGAAUCCUUUGCAACUUGGGUAAAAUGGAUAGUAGAUCCAUCUCAUUCUAAGAUUUUAAAGAAAGCGGAAGUCUCCAAGUUAGGAAAGGCAUAUCAGCUUAUUUGGAAACUCCUUCAUCAUAUCUUCGAGAGUCGUGAAGCCAUAGGUUUCCCUGCACCUUGUCUUUGGCGCCCAGACAACCCCAAAACUAACAUCUGGUGGGCUUCACCAGACGCUCGUGCAACAAAUCCCAAAGAUUAUUAUUACGGUUUUCUCGGUAUUACGAAUCUCGACCUUGCCCCUGAUUACGAUCCGAAUAAAUCUGUUGGACUUGUUUGCCAGGAGUUUAUGAUUGAAUAUAUUAGUUCGACUCUUGACCAAUCUAAUCGCCCCUUAGGAGGACCUCUGGGCCUUCUCAUGUUCGCCGGUGUUGGAUAUGGCUGGGACGUUGAUCCCGACAUGCCUUCAUGGGGCCCAAAUUUUCCAGGACAGGCACAAGCAAAACCAUCUUCCAGGGGGGAUUCGGAGGCAAUCCCUUCACAAAACCCACAUGACUUUGAUUGCAUCUUUAAGUCAAGAUCGGACGUAAUAAUCACGGGCUCAAGAAUGGAUGUCUCAGUGAUUAUUCUUGAUCGUAUUGAGGCUAUCGGACCUAGGGUCUCUGACUACGGUAGACCUGAAUUGCUACAUAAAGCAGGCUUGCCGAUAACUUGGUCUUUUGAUUUCGCGUUACGCCAUAAGAGUUAUGUAGCAGGGGGCCACCCACUGACCGCAUUACGCUUUCUUCUGGAACCAUCGAGUAUAUCUCACAGCGAUCGAGAUAGAUUUCCCAUCGAAGAUUGUCUAGAAUUUGCUAAAUUUCUAGCCAGAUUUAGCCUUCAAGACAUGGAUAGAAGGUCUAGAGCUGUUUUUGCACGUUUGUGCUACCUGAAAGAUCUAUUCGAUCAAGUUUCUGACCCCGCUGACCCCGAGGACGAAAUAAGCUACUGCGCCAACAUUUGCACAAUGAGCAGGCCCUAUAACCAUGCUAUAGCAGAGACAAAGAAGGGUUACGUUGGGAGGUUUCCUCCGAAGAUACAGGAGGGCGACUCGAUAUGUUUAUUAAGUGGGCUUGACCAAGUAGCUGUACUCCGGCAGAAGGAUUCAACCGAUGGUUAA